AGCUCGGGAUCAAGCAACGGAGCGUGGGCGUUUGGGAAUCCAAUGGUCCAGUUGCGAAAGCUGCCGAUGUGGCCGUGUAUAAAUACGCGGCAGCAACGGCAGUGCUAGGCAUCAGCACUCGGCAGCUGUCAGCGCUGAUCGGCUCCCAAUCAGAGCCUCUAGCCUCUCCGGCGAGCUCCUGCGCCGUAGUCAUCAUCGCCAUGGCUAGGGAAGAAGAGCUCAAGAGGAUUGAUCUGAAGGUGAACGUGAGCUGCUGCGACGGGUGCAGGAGGAAGGUGAUGAAGGCUAUGAGCUUGAAAGGCGUGCUGAGGACGGAGAUCCAGCCGUCGCACGACAGGGUGACGAUCGUCGGCGACGUGGACGCCAGGGUCCUCGUCAAGAAGCUGUCCAAGGUCGGCAAGAUCGCCGAGGUGCUGCCUACGCCCUCCGAGAACGGCAAGAGGCGCGAGGAGGGCGGCGCCAAGGACGUCAGCGACAGGCCGGCGCCGGCGGAGGAGGAGAAGAGCAGCAAGAUCAAGGAUGACGGCAAGGGCACGGGGGGCGACAAGGCCGCGGCGUCGGCGUGCAAGGAGGAGGAAUGCAAGAAGUGCACGAAGAAAGCCGCGCGCGCCUGCGACGCCGAUGGCGGCAGCGGCGACCACGCGGUCAGCGGGAAGGCGGGGGCGGCGUCAAAAGACGCCGACGCGAACGCCAAGGGCGGCGACGCCGACGGCUUCGGCGGCAAAGCGCCGGCGCCGGCGCCGCAGGUGCAGGUGCAGCAGCACUACCACCGCGCGGAGCCGGCGAUGGUGGUGCCGGUGCACGUGCCGGCGUACUACCCGCCGGCCCCCGCGCCGUACUACGGCGGCUACUACGCGAUGCCGCCGCCGCCCAUGGUCAUGCAGGUGCCGAUGGGUGUUCCACGGCAGCUCCGGCCGCAGCCCUCCCGCUUCGACGAGGACUUCUUCAACGACGACAACACGGUCGGCUGCCGCGUGAUGUGAAGCAAUCAACAUGGCCGGCCGGUCUACCCGGCCAGCCAUGGACGUCGUCACCCUCAGCGCCGCUCCCGACCGCCGUAGCCUGCUUCAUUCCUUACCGUGUCGUUUUUCCCCCCGAGCAGAUCGCAUCGAUGGCGAUGCGUCUGCCGCGCGUGCGCAGUGUAACAACUGUAACCGACCCAAGAAUCAAACGAAUUCUUUUGGUUUCUC